AUGGCGACGAAUAUAGAGACGGAAAUAGAACGAGAGAAUGACGCUUCUCUUGCUAUGGAUCGCGAGAUACAAACCUUAUGGCAGGAACUUGCAAAGUAUCAGAUGGCCUGCACAGACGAUUACACAGGAGAAAUACUGGACGAAGAAAGUAGACAACAGUAUGAAGAGAACGAAGCCAGAUGCGCCUCACUCUCUGUUUCGAACGAUUAUAUCAAAGGUUUAUUGGAGAGCAGCUCCUCGAUAUACGACACCGCUAACUGUGGCGUUCGAACUUUGUCGAAUACAAUCACUCAGGCUGCAGAAGAAGUACAGGACUAUUACAGAAGAGUUAUAGAAGCUAAGCGAAGAAAAGAGCAAGCUUUGAACACUGCGACCGAGUGUGUAACUCAACACAAAGAGAAACUAGAGGUCCUCCGCAAGAGAUGCCUUCCUAGCAAGGACUACUCAUCAGGGAUUGAGAAACUGUCUACAUUGCUUUCUUCUUUGAAGAUUAGUGAAAACACAAGUUUCACUGCCAUGAAAGACCGUCUCAGAAGUAUUGGUCAAUUGAUCCAGGAAAAAAAUUCUCACGCAGAUCUUCUACGACGCUCUCUCAGAGAGCUUGAGUCAAAAUGUGAAGAAGCAGACCAACUUGUGAAUGAUAGAAGGAACAUCUUGAAAUGCCAGCAGGAUAAAAUCGCUGAGCAGAAGGCACUACUGAAAUCUUUGGAAGCUCAAAAUAUUGAAGGUCGUAAAAAUGUGUCCCAAAAACGACAAGCUCUAGAAUUGCUGCUACGUAAGUCAUCAAAAACUGAAGUGUCUCUACGCGCUAACGAGGCUGAAGAUUACGGUCGAAAGUUAGAUGAGAUUCGUUCCCAUACGGCUGCAUUGAAGACAAGGUCAUCCUCUGAGUCUCAAGCUUGGAAGGAAGAGUUUUGUUCGAAAGAGGACCAUCUCCUGUCAAAAAUCGCCCAACUAGAGCUUGCACAAUCAGCGGAAGAAAAGGAGUUACAUACUUUAAAAUGCCAACUGGAGCAAUUGAAAGAAAACUUUAAAGAUCAUGUCGAAAUGAUAGAUAGAGAUAAGCUGGCGUGGGACCGUACUAUUGAAGAGCAGUGCGAGGCACAAACUCAACUGGAUUCUGAAAUUGCAAAAUUCGAAGAGGAGAUCACUGCAGCGAAAGCAAAUUUGGUGAAUUCGGAAGAAGACGGGAAUGUUGCUGAAGCGAUUUUGGCUGUGGAGCAUGAUUUACUGGCGUACAUGGAGUCGUACAAUGAGGAAAGACGAGGGAUACAGGAACAGAGAGCGAAGAUCAUGUCAAAAGUAAAUACCGCUCAAAACAUGGUUACUGCUUUAAAAACUAGCAUUCGUAGGAAUGAAGAUGAGCAUCAGAAGUUACUUUCUGAAAUCAGAAACGUACAAGCCCAAAUUGAAGCAUUUACAAACCUACGAACACCUGCAAAACAAGUGUUGACGUCUGAAGGAGGUUCACGUAAAACAAGCGGUCGACGAACUUCUCGUCGUAUCGAAGAAGUGGACAGUGACAACGAAUCCCCUCUAUCCGGUGUGCCUUUCGUUGAAGGCUUGCAGUCAUUCUCUCCAGCAACUCUCUCUUUCAAGGAGAUGACGAAAGAAAAAUCAAUGGCACAGAAGAAACGAAAUGGAAAUCGGCGGAUUAACAUUGGGGAGGUCAAGUAUACUGCCCGAAAGAAAUUGUUUUACUCACGCAUUAACUUACAAAGACUAGCUGCCAAGGCUAAUCGAGCCGUAAGAAAUUCCGCUCCUUCUACAACACCUACCGUAACAAAUAGGAUAAUUCCACCGAGUGACGUAGAAGAAUGUGUUGAGAACCGGAUUCAGGAUGAAGAUAACGAAAGUGUAUUUGAAUCAUUACUUGAUUUGUCCGGUAGCGAAAAAUCACUGCCCUGCGAUUCUUUGGUCGCCAAAAGGUUUCCCAGUGAUAUAUUUCUAAAUAGAAGCCCUUCUCUUGGCCAAAACGAGUCCUGUUGUUCCCUCGAUGUUUCUGCUAUUUGUUCCGGCAUGGACACAGACAAAGAAGAUGCCGAUCAGAGUGUGUGGUCGGUUGUCCCGGUAAAAAAUCAGACUAAUAAUUCACAUCUGGAUACAACAGCAGAGACCGAUCUUGAUCAAAGCGUUUGGUGA